AUGAAGAACGAACUAGUGGACGAAGCUCCUACUGGCACACUAGGACUAGCACAAGAGAGUGGAUGGAUGAAUGCUGAGCUAUUUGUGAAAUGGUUGAAGCAUUUUCAAAAACAUACAAAAUCCAGUAUUGACGAUCCAGUCCUACUUGUGUGUGAUGGUCAUGCUAGUCACAAAAGUUUCGAAGCAGUGACCUAUGCUAAAGAGAAUGGUAUUGCAAUGCUCUGUCUGCCACCGCAUUGCACACACCGGAUGCAGCCAUUAGACGUGAGUAUUUAUGGACCUCUCAAAACCUAUUUUCAUCAAGAAAUAUCUAAAUGGUUAAAGAAUCAUCCAGGGCGAGUAGUCACUCACUUACAAAUUGGACAGCUGUUUACUGAAGCUUACGGUAAAAGUGCAACGAUACAGAACGCUACAAAUGGAUUUAAAAAAACAGGACUAUGGCCCAUAAAUCCAGAAAUUUUUCCAGAUUAUAUGUUUGCACCAGCAGAAACAACUAAUAUUCCGUUGAAUAAUCAAACUGACAUUGCUCAAACUCUUGCAAAUGCUCCUCCUUCGGCGCUCCAAAUGCAUGAAGAAGAUGCAACUGAUGAUGGGCAAAUACCUGAUUCUUCGAUAGAACAACAUGUCAUAAAUGCAGAGGCGACCCCCAGUCCUUCAAUCUUGGAGAUGGAUGGAGAAGCAACUGAUAAUGACAAUAGACCUGGUUCUUCUAUGGAGCCAAAUACGGUAAAUGCAGAGGCAGCACCCGACGAGAGACCUGAUUCUUCUAUGGAGCAAAAAGCUAAAGGUUCAUUGCUAUUUCCCGUGGAGACCAUUUCACCAGCGCCACAAGGGCCGUACAUUCAGGGCCAAGGUAUACGAAAACAGAAACCCCGAAAACACCACUGGCAUUUAACAUCCACUCCUAACAUAAUAGAACUCAAAGAUGCAAACACACCAAAAGCUCCACCUAAAGAAAAGAAAAGGAAAGUAAAAAAGACUCUUUUUGAAAUACCAUCUACCUCAGGCAAGCAAGAAAUGAAAGCGAAAAAGUCUAGCAGAAAAAAGAAAAAAGUAGAGAAAAAAAUUGACAGUGAUGAUGAAAGCUCUCAUGAAAAUGCUUUGUUAUCAGAUGUAGAUGAUGAUGAUGACUGUCCGUGUAUUUAUUGCAAUGAUCUUUAUUCACGAUCUAAGCCCGGCGAGUGUUGGCUGAGGUGUCUUGAGUGUUCUCGUUGGGCUCAUGCAUCAUGCGCUGAUGUUCCGAAGAAAACAAAGAACUUUGUUUGUGAACUGUGCUUAUAAUUUUAUGUAUGUCAUAAUGUCCGUAUUGUGUAUGUCAUUUUGUCCUGACAGUAUGGACAAAAUGGUUUUUGCUAGAUGUUUUGAUUGAUCUCAAUAUUAUUUUUUCUAUCGUUCCUAUUUGAUAAUAAGAUGCAUAAACAUUAUGUUAAUGAACCAAUGAUGAUUGUUUUGUAUGGAGGAUGAUUGUAGCUUUUUAAAAUAAAGAGUUAUGAUUAAAAAUGAAAACAC